AAUUCAUCGUGGUACUCACGUCGAGCAGCUCCAGACGAAAUCAGUGGUUUCCCAAGAGACGAAUAUCUGCAAACACCUGUCAUGGUCGAUUGUUUCAUCUGUCAGAAUGGCAAUCUACAGGUCGGUCUGGUUGCUCGCUAUCGAACACCACCAAGUCAUUGGCGUUGGCAAGCUUGUUCGAUGCUUCAGUGGAUACAUAUGCGAUUGAUGCGACUCUUCUUCCUCACAAUGGAUGCGCAAGUUGAUGUACUCGGCAAAGUUAUCCUUUAUAUGACAACAUUUCUCAGUUACCUCAGAGAUCGUCUUGUGCUACGACCAUAUGCAAGAUUGGGUAUACUGAACCUGAAAUCCUGGAAGUGGAUAGACUAUUCCUAUAUGCUGAAAGAUGUCCAUUACGUGGACCAACUGACCGAUCUCGCAUCCGAAAGCGGACAAAUCGUUUCUUUCAUUUCACAGGUACAGUGUAUUACAAAUUCUUGUAAAGAUAGAAACCACAAUUACUUCUUAAUAUUGUUGUAA